AUGACCGGCAAGUGCACCCGGGAAUGUGAUGAGUACGGCCACUCGGACUCCUGCUGGAUGCCUGUGCACACAUCGCCCGAGCGCCGACCAUCCAAGUCCUCCAACAACCCCCAACAACCAAAGCUUUCCACGUUCAUGAGCGGCACCGGCAGCAGCAGCAGCAGUAGUGCGGAGCAGCCCGGAGGCCAAGAGACCCUCACUAUGGCUGCCAUGGCCAACGGAGACCCCACCGCGCCGCACAUGAUGGGUGAUCGCAACCGCAACCUGCUCAACAGGAAAAUGCCCUCUUCUUCAUCCUACGAAGCCUUCGGCUCACCUUCCUACAGUUCUUCUGGAGCUGGGGAGGAAGUGCUGGGCCACCCCACUGAGGAGAUCCCCUUGGCACCCACAGGGGAGUACAAGCCCACCACGUGUGGUACUCUCACACGACGGGAAGUGUAUCUGUGA